AUGCUCUCUCGACGGACACUGAAGCCCUACGUGGCUGAAUUCCUUGGCACUGCGCUUCUCAUUGUCAUCGGCGAUGGCGUGGUCGCCCAGUGCUUGUUGUCCGAGUACCAGUACGGCACCUGGUUAUCCAUCAACAUUGCCUGGGCAGCUGCCGUGAGUCUGUCGAGCUAUCUGGCCGAUCCUAGCCCGACGAUCAACCCAGCUGUGACCAUCUGCCUUGCCCUUGUGCGUCCGUCAGAGGGACAAUGGAAGGCCAUACCCGGCAAGCUCCUUGCCCAAUUUCUCGGCGGGUAUGUCGGUGCCGCGCUCGUGUAUAUCAACUAUUAUUCGGCCAUCAGUGCUUGGGACCCCGAAUACACUAUCCCUGGAGGAUCGAUCUUGAGCCCGACAGGUCAUCACUCUGCAGGAAUUUUCUCCACGUACCCCAGCACCUAUUUCGCAUCGAACUGGGAAGCUGUGUUCUCCGAGGCGCUGGGCUCAGCUGUGCUGAUGUUUGGUCUUCUCAGCAUCUCCGACCCGGGGAACGCUCAGCGAUUUAUUGCUCCACAUCUGUCGAUCUUCCUGCUCCUACUUAUGAUCGGAGCGGCGCUAGGCUGGCAGACAGGAUAUGCUCUGAACCCGGCUCGUGAUUUUGGCCCACGCCUGUUCUCUGCGGCCAUCUAUGGGUCGGAAGUUUUCUCCUCGUCCGGUUAUUACUUUGUCGUUCCUCUGUUUGCCCCUAUCCUCGGUUGCAUCAUUGGCGCGGCUACUUACGAUAGUUUCUUGUAUGAGGGUGAGGGAUCUCGUAUUUCGGAUGCAUUAGACAAGGCUGAAGGCCAUGGACGCCUUCAACUGGAUUAG